AUGGUGGAGUCCGCUGCCGUCGUGGUGCGCAGGCUGCACGAGGCGGUCGGCCGCCUCCCAUACCUCCCGCUUCCGACCACCGCCGCGCUCGACGACCUGGAGCGCGCGCAGACCGACCCGACCCUCGCCCGCGAAUGGGCGGACCACGCGGCUGCGGUUCGGCCAGUGCUGCACGAGCGCGUGGUGCCUCUCCUCGAGUCCUUUCUGCGCACCAAGAAGCGGCUCGGGAGCGCGGUCGAGCGGCGGCUCUACGCCGCCAUGACACCGGCGGCCCUCCUCGACCGCAUGCUCCGCUGCCGGCCGCUCGCGUUUCUGAACGCGUCGGACGACUACCGCCUUCGAGACGGCGUGACGCAAGGCUCGGGAGGCUUCGAGAGGAUCGGCACCGCGGACGAGAGCGCUGGCCCGCUCCGCCUCGAGCAGCUCAUGUCGUACGACGAGAUGGCCAUCGCCGCCCUCCUCUCCGUCGCUGUGCCGACGCACUUUUACAAUGACGGCGCCGAGACAGCUCCGAGACAGCUCCGAGAGGGCGAUCGGUCCAACCGCGGCCACCGUGGCCGGCCCGGGGACUUCGAGCGGACGGGCGUGUACGUCGGCGUCAUCGGCGCGCGGUACGAAAAGGUGGGGCGGAUGGAGUGGGCGCACACGCUGGUGACAGCGGAGCAAAACACGGCCGAGAACGGCUACGGGCCGGCGGCGGGAGUGGCGGCGGGUGUGGCGGCGGGAGAGCGGCGGGAGCUGCUCGCGGCGUGGGCGCGGCUCUACGGGCGGGAGCAGCUGCCGAUGCGGGAGCACCUGCCGACGUACGACGAGGCGGUGUCAAGGCGGGAGACGGAGCCGGACGCCCUCCUGCAAGUGCGGCUGCAUGGCAUCGACCCCUUUUUGCGGGAGGCGAGCGACCGCGCCAAGGAGAAGGGCGCCAAGGCGUACGCGCACGUGGUGGGGCUGGGCCUCGGCGUGUGGAUGGAGCUCGCACCGCAGCUGGAGCACAUCGACACGCUCGACUUCUCCUGGUUCCCGUCGGAGUGCAACGAGGCGACGUCGCUCCGCCACGGCGCGGGCUGCGGCGCGGUCCGCCAGGUCCUUUUCUCGAACCGCAACCCGGCGGCGCGGCUACCGUCCUCCGAGCAGCCGCUGCUGCUGGUGGCCAUGUACGCGUGGGACGGCAAUGCCUACCCCGGCAACGAGUACUGGCUCGGCUCCCUUGCCGCGAGCGGCGACCCCGCCGCCGCGUGCUGCUCGGCGAUACCGCUGCUGCAGAACCCCGAGGUGAACGACGCGCUGACGGGCGGCGCCACCGUGCUGCACCCCUCGGGACGCCGCGUCGAGGGCGGCGUCUAGCCACCCUGCGAGCUAUGCAUAGAGCUUUUGGCGUCACCCGAUGUGCAUGCCUGUGGGUUGCGGUGACUGUCCAGCAACCCAGCAUGUGCGAGCAUGGCGCGGUGUGCGAGUCUGGUGCGAGUCCUUGGAGCACUUGGAGUGCAGUCGGUAACCGCAUGCCCAGGGCCGGGGAGCUAAGAAGCGCACCCAGCGGUCCUUUUCUUGAGAUAGUCCUAAAAUGUUAUUCUUGG